AUGAAUCGGGAAAAAGAAAUUAUUGCAAAAUUUACCGAAAACCUCAAUCAGAAAGAAAAAGUUAACGAAUUAGCCAUUAUUGGUCGAGAAAAAGAGAUUAAGCAGUUGGUUUACAUUUUGUCUCGGAUGCUGAAAAACAAUCCUUUGUUAAUUGGUUAUCCAGGGGUAGGUAAAACAGCAAUAGUAGAAGGCUUAGUGCAAAAAAUCAAGCAAGGAAAAGUUCCUGAUUAUUUAAAAGGCAAAACAAUCUACCAACUGGAUAUGAUGUCUUUAAUGGCCGGAACUAAGUUUCAAGGCGAAUUAGAAGAGCGGUUGAAAAUUAUUUUUAACUUUAUGAGUCAACCAGAAAAUAAUGCAAUUCUCUUUAUUGAUGAAAUUCAUUUGAUUGUGGGAGCUGGUCGUAACCAAGGUGCUCUAGAUCUUUCCAAUUUAUUAAAGCCGUUACUUUCUCGGGGUGAAAUUCAGUGCAUUGGAGCAACUACUCAAAUUGAGUAUCGCCAAUAUCUAGAAAAAGAUGAAGCUUUGACACGUCGUUUUAGUAACAUACCUGUUUCUGAACCGAGUUUUAACGAUGCACUCAUGAUUUUGCAUGGCAUUCGUAGUUUUUUGGAAAUUUAUUAUGAGUUGAAAAUUCUUGAUGACGCUUUAUUUUCCGCAGUGAAAUUUUCUCAGCGUUACCUAACUACUAAGUACCUUCCUGAUAAAGCGAUUGAUUUAUUGGAUGAAACCUGCGGCAGGAUAAGGGGAGAAAUGUGGUAUGAGCCUGAGAUGAUUACUAGGACGCGUGAUAAAUUAAGUGAAUUAGAGGUGAAAGAGGUUUCAAUAUCCAAAGAACAAGAAAAGCAAGUUGAGUUGCUUAUUAUUCGUCAGAAAAUCUCUGAGUGCCGAGAAAAACUAAAAAAACUAGUAGAGCAAGACGAAAAAGAAAAUAGAAUUAUUCAAGAACUGAACAAGGCUAAGAGAGAAAUGCUCCAAGCAGAAAAAUCAUUAAUUAAUUAUCAACAAAAAGAGAUCGACUUAACUAAGGCAGCCGAAUUCAAAUAUUCUAUUAUUCCAAUAUUAAAAAGUAAGGUGGAUAGAUUAGAAGCAGAGGCUAGCACAAAUACUUUUAAAAGGCAUUUUGUUAAUGAAGAAGACGUUGCUUCAACCAUUGCUAAGAAGUGUGAUUUACCCGUGGGAAAAGUACUGGUUGAUGAACAACAAAAAUUAUUUCUUUUGCCGGUGAUUCUGCAAGCGCGGGUAAAGGGCCAAAGCCAAGCUUUAAGAGCAGUUACUAAUGCUAUUUUUCGGGCACGAGCGGGGAUACAAGAUCCUAAUCGCCCCCUAGCUUCUUUUUUGUUUGUAGGGCCAACAGGGGUAGGGAAAACUGAAGUAGCCUUGACUAUUGCGGAACAACUUUUUGACCAAAAAAAAAACCUCAUUCGCUUAGAUAUGACUGAAUUUUCGGAACCUCAUUCGGUUAGUAAAUUGAUUGGUUCGCCACCAGGUUAUAUUGGAUUUGAAGGCAAACCACGUUUAGAAGUUGUUCGGGAAAAAAUGAACAGUGUUUUACUCUUUGAUGAAAUAGAAAAGUGUCAUCCAGAAAUAUUAAAUAUACUUUUGCAAAUACUAGAUAAUGGUUUUCUUACUUUAGCUAAUGGUCAAGAAGUUAAUUUUCGUAACACCAUUAUUGUUCUGACUACUAAUAUAGGUUCAGAUCUAUAUUUUUCUAAAAGAAAUCAAAGAGAACUAAAAGAAGAGUUAGAAUUUAGAUUGAAGGAACAUUUCAGCCCGGAAUUUCUAAAUCGGCUAGAUGAAGUGGUAUUUUUUAACCUUUUAACUAAGGAGGUUGUACGAGAGAUUAUUGUUAAGGAAUUAGAAUUAUUUAUUCGACGGGUUGCCCAAGAAAAAAGCAUUAAAUUAAAAUAUAAAGAAGAAAUUGUGGAAAAAAUCUUUCAUCAAGCUUACUCAGAAGAAUACGGAGCACGACCUAUUAAGCAUUAUGUUGAAAGGGAAAUUGGCACGUUGGUGGCACAGCAAAUUAUUUCCCAAUUUCUCCGACCGGGUGGUCACUUUCUUUUAGAUAUUGAAAAAGAUACUAAUGAAAUUAAAAUAACUGUUUUAUCUUUGUUAGAACAGAAGAAAAAUUUGUUAAAGUAA